AUCCUCCGAUAUAUGUCUGGAAUUGAUCUUUCAUGCAAUCAAUUGUCUGAUGGAAUUCCUCAUACAAUAGGAAAUCUUACCAGGAUGUAUGCUCUCAAUCUUUCUCAUAAUAAUUUGGGAGGAUCAAUCCCAAUGACAAUCUCAAAUCUUCAACAAAUUGAGAGCUUAGAUCUUUCCUAUAACAAUCUAAAUGGAGAAAUUCCUCCUAAACUAGUAGAGUUAUACUGUUUGUCUACUUUCAGUGUGGCAUAUAAUAAUUUAUCUGGCCAAACACCUGAAAGAACUAAACAAUUUGUAACGUUUGAAGAGGAUAGUUAUGAUGGGAAUCCUCUUCUUUGUGGAUUACCAUUGAACAAAAGUUGCAACGUGUUGGAGUCACCAUCAUUGGCAUCAAAAGCUUCAUCAGAUCCUACAAUAUUGAAAUGGAUGGGGAUUUCACUUGUUGUAUUUCCUGCCUUUAUGAUAACACUUGUCUUGGCUAUAUUUUUCUUUAUUAGAUGGAGAAGACUUCGACUAGAAGCCAAGUUUCUAUUUGAUUUAAUGAGUGAAGCAAAGGAGCUUGAGAUUGAUGGAAAGAAAGGCUCCAAUUUGAAAGUAUAUAGAGUAUCAUGCAUUAUGCUUGCUACAAAUAACUUUUCAUCUCAAAAUAAACUUGGAGAGGGUGGUUUUGGACCUGUUUACAAGGGUAUGUUGCCUGAUGGACAAGAGGUAGCAGUAAAGAGGCUGUCUGGAAGAUCCAAGCAAGGACUAUUGGAAUUUAAGAAUGAGCUAAUAGUAGUGGCUAAAUUACAACACACCAAUCUGGUGCGACUCUUGGGUUUUUGCAUCCAAGGGAAAGAGAAAAUUUUGGUCUACGAAUACAUGCCGAAUAAAAGCUUGGACACAUAUAUUUUUGAUGAAUCUAAAAGGAUGUUGUUUGAUUGGAGCAAAUGUUUCAACAUCAUUAGUGAAAUAGCUCAGGGGCUGCUUUAUUUGCACAAGUACUCAAGACUCAAAAUAAUCCAUAGAGAUUUGAAAGCAAGCAAUAUAUUACUUGACACAAAUAUGAAUCCUAAGAUUUCUGACUUUGGUAUGGCAAAGAUUUUCACUACUACUGGAUCUGUUGCAAAUACGAAUAGAAUUGCUGGUACACGUGGUUAUAUGGCUCCAGAGUAUGCUAUAGGUGGCCUUUUCUCAGAUAAAUCUGAUGUAUUCAGUUUCGGUGUUCUAGUUUUAGAGAUUAUAAGUGGUUACAGGAGCAACAACAAUAUCUUUUAUAAUGAUCAACCACUCCACCUCAUUGGAUAUGCAUGGCAAUUGUGGAAGGAAGAUGUAGCCAUGGAACUAAUGAAUCCAACACUAAGUGUUUCAUACUGUCAAGACCAAGUUCUGAAAUGCAUUAACUUGGCCUUGCUUUGUGUUGAACACAAUCCAAUUGAUAGACCUACAAUGCCGGUUGUUAUUUCUAUGUUAACAAGCGAAGGAGUGACGUUGCCGAUGCCAAAACAGCCUGCAUUUUCCAUUGAAAGGAAGAUUGAUGUGGACAAUCCGAGUGGAAUAAACCAGGCAGACAACUGUACAAUAAAUAAUGUGACCAUGACUGAGAUGCAUCCACGAUAAAGGUUAAGUCAGACUCAAAACUUUAUUUGUACUUCAAUUUUUUGGCCAACCAAUUGUGAUGACAAAUCUUUCAGUUUAUGAUGACAAUACACUGUGUGAACAAAUAAGACACUUUGUGACCACUUUUUCUGAUACAUUAUGUUUUUGACAAAUGACAUUAAUUAGUUA